AUGCUCAGGGCCAGUGUGACAGUCCCUCCUUCUUUUGUCCCUCUUUGUGCGUCAACGACGAUGGGCGAUGCGGAGGUCAUUGCUGAGCUGGAGCGACUGCGUAUCGAGAUCGACGCGGCAAAGGCAGAUGCGCGCGCGAUUGGAUACGCGCUGGACUCGUUUAGCGCGCACCCGCUGAAGGCCAUCGAGGGACCACAGGCCCAGAUGGAUGAUCAGGCUGCGCUGCAGACAGAGCACUACGAGCUGCAGGGCCGCUUGGAUCACUCGUGCUCUGCGGCAGACGUGCUUGUGCGACUGGAGGAGCUGCGGGAGUGGGAGAAGCGGUUGACGAUUGAGCAGGAGGUAUGGGGCGAGGUGCUGCCGCUCGUUAUGGCCUCGCGAAAGGCCACGCAAGCAGAAGAAACCAGGCCAAAGAAGACGAAAUCUACACCGACGAGAGGAAAGGCAGGCGCUCCCUCUGCGCAGCCUCGGACGCCAAGACGCGAUUCUCCCGCUCAACAACCAAACUCGUCUCGCCAUCUCCAUCCGCCUGCUGCCUCUGAAACGUCUGCUGAGGGUGCUGUAACUCCUCAAACUCCGCGAAAAGCAAAGAAAGCGACCCCGAUACCGUUAGUCAAUGGCUGUGUUGUCCCUUCAAAGGCGCUCCAACCCGUCGUCAAGUCCUCCCCGCCGGGUCAACACGAGGUACACCGUGAGCUACCCCGCCCUCCCGCAUCGACGCCGAAGCGUAUCGCCCCCGCCCAAGUGCCUCCACCGAUCGAAGUGGCAAUUCCUGCAAAGCAUUUCGCUGUGCUGGAUCAUAAUGUAGCUGGCCAAAACGCAGAGGAGGCGGCCCCCGCCCGGCGUGAUAUGCCGCCAAGAGCCAUCGAAAUGAAUACGAUUCUUGCCGAUGCAUUACCCCAGACUCCGGAUGCGCAUACCAAUGCGGUGGUUGCGAGUGCUCCAGUGGCCUCGGUAUCGCCCUUGCGCAAUCUCCGAUUCCGGAAAAUCCGUCCUGCUACUACCGAACCUGCGGCGCCGAGCCCUGCCCCAGGGGACUUGAAUCCGAAGACAGCCUCGGCAUCAUUGGCCUCGCGCUACCUCCAAGUGGGCAAAAUUCGGCCCGCCACUGCCGAGCCCGCCGCACUGGACGCUGUUCUACCGAACUUGAAUCUAAAACCAGCGAAAACUCGUUCCGCCACUGCUGAAUCCGUGAUACCGAGUUUUUCCCCAGCAAACUUGAACCCACAGUCAGCCCCGGCGGCCCCAGUAUCGGCCUGGCGCAGCGAAUUGGGCGAAACCCGGCCCGCCACUUCUGAAUCCAUCACACCGAACCGUGCCGCGGCCAACUUGAAUCCAAAACCAAACGGCCGUUGGGAGGAAGGGCAGCUGUAUCAAUGGGUUGACGGGAAGCUUAAGAAGGUGUUUUUACCUGUCGUGGGCGAACCGAGGCGUGGCGAUGACAGAGCUUCCUACCUAGAGCGGAAGAGCGUGCUGUCGCGGCCUGAAGUAUGGGAGAAAGGGUAUAAUGGACGCUUGAUACGGAAGCGUCCGGGGACACCGGUGAUCGAAACUGGAGCUAGGCCGGUCCGGCGGUGUCGGCCAGCUGCUGACAACGUCGUUCCGAAUGAACCAGACUCAGAGCCGGUGCAGCCCCAGCGCGAGUGGGACUACAACCCGGUGUUCCAGCGGCAGCUGGACGUUCUCCGCACCAAGGUUAUGCCCAGUGCGGCGACGCGCCGGCAGGACGAUCGGUACCGCGACGAGCCUGGGACUCCGCCCGUCAGCGGAUCGCUGCUCGACCGGAUCGCUCCCCGUGUUGAGGCUCGGCCUGCGCGGGAAGGUGAGCGGGCAGCUAAGAGGGCACGGCGCGGCUCCUCCAGUCUUGAGCCGGGAGAAAUUGAAGAGAUCAACGGUGUGGGGAGAGUCGAUAGCGGACGGCGCAGGAGUGUGAUCCCCGUUUCGCGAAGUAGGCUUAGGGCUCGGGACGUGGCACGGAAGCUGGCGAAGGACCAAGUAUUUGGUGAGAUACGGGCAUUAGAAAUAAAUGCGAACCAUUCGAGGUAUCAUUAG